AAUUCAAGUCCUGAGAACUUCGGCCAAUCAGUUUGUCCAUACAGCAACCAAAAGGAAGUGACUUUGUGACACAGAAAAAGAGCACGCCAGUGUGGGCCCUGAGAGGAAAUGACUUGCACUGUGCAUGAGCCUGAGAUCACAGGCCGUGUCUGCUCGUCUCCGCUCUAUCAGCCGUGGCUGAUCCCUCAACUAACUCAUUGAACUUCCGACUGUACGUUAGACAUCAACCAGUAAAACAUGGUGACAAAUACCAGCCUGUACGAAUGGCUCUGUCGGUGAAAAAAAAGCGUUCCUUCGGUCAUUUACAACAGUCGUAUGCGAAGAUGUGCAUCCAAGAACUCUGUAACAAAAACAUGGCUGCUACAGUGGUCUCCUGGCCCAUUCCCAUGAGGGCUAUUGGAGCUCAGAAUCUGCUCACCAUGCCGGGAGGAGUCACCUCAUCUGGAUAUCUGCACAAGAAAGGAGGAAGCCAGUUCAGCCUGAUGAAAUGGCCGCUUCGCUUCAUUAUAAUCCACAAAGGCUGCGUCUACUAUUUCAAGAGCAGUACUUCUGCCGCACCACAAGGAGCUUUCUCCCUCAGUGGCUACAACAGAGUUCUGCGGGCAGCAGAGGAGACGACAUCUAGCAACGUUUUCCCUUUUAAGAUCGUCCAUUUCAGUAAGAGACACCGUACGUGGUAUUUCUCAGCAGCGAGUGAGGAUGAGAGAAGGAAAUGGAUGAGGCACUUAAGAAAAGAAAUCAACCAUUAUAAUGAUAAAAGAGAUUUGCCACUUCCAAGUGAUGACUUGGAUUCUGAAAGUAUAUAUGGGCAUUUAGAGGAACCGCUGGAGAUCAAUCCUACUGAAGAUGACCCUGAAGCAGAUUACAUGACACAAGAUGAAGACAGUGAUGGAGAGGACGUAUCACCAACGUCAGCAGGUCGACCCACGGUUCCACCUCCACCAUACCCACCACCACCUGUUCCUUUUCAGCCCUCUAGAGAAAACCGUCUCACGAAAGGACCUCCACCUCCACUACCCCCUCCAUUCAAAAAACCUUCACCUUCAGCCAAAGGUCUUCCUCCGCCCCUACCGUACGCCCCACAUCUAGAGAAACCAGACUCGCACCUGUCAACCAGAGGCCCCAUUGGUCCCAUGCCUCCUUUACCCCCACCAAACAGCAUAAAGCCAAUGUCAGGCCCAUUUUCCACAAUGCCUGCUUGCGAGAGGAAGUCGAACACCUCUCUCAUUGGGAAUACCGCGGCUACUUUACCCAUCGUUGAGAACUUGCAGAAGGUGAUUCUGAACGCUGGAAAUAAACCAUCGAUUUCUAGCCAGCACCUGGGAGUGAAGUCCCCAUCUGACCACAGGCCCGUCUCACCUCACCUGUCUACUGCUGCAAAUAACAGGACUCUGGGCCAGAUACCCAAGCCUCCGUUACCAACCAAACCUAAGCCCAACAGACCCUCGUUCCAAAGAGCAUCGCCGGAUGGACAGAGUUUUCGUUCUUCUAUUGAAGAGAAUCCUUUAAAAAAACGAGUGCCAUGCAAAAUUAGUGAAGACUCAGAUGAUGAUGACUAUGAAAAUGUGCAGUUGCCUCCCUCUGUCUUCGUGGACACGAUGGAAACCAGUAAUGUUGAAAGAAUAUUUAAGGAGAUGUACAACUUCCCACAGAACGGUCUGUACUGCAUCCGAAAAUCAGGAACAGGGAAAACAUCACAGGUGCUGGUUGUUUGGGACACGGGUAUAAACAAAGCCAGAAAUUACAGGCUCUUUGAAGAGGACCAGAGGGUUUAUCUGGAGACAGAUCUGACGUUCCCCACUUUAGCUGCCCUGGUUGAACACUACCACAUCAACCCACUGCCCAGCAGUAACAACUCUCUGCCCAACUACUCCCUGUGCUUACAUAUACCUUACGGCUACAUCCCACCCAGGUGACAUCGGGCCCCUCUCCUGUGCUGAAACACCUACCCGCUCUGUGCAGCACAACCGCUGCUCUGUCCUGGACCAGACUACAGCAGACAGCUCCCUCUACUGGCUCAAGUUAUCAUCACACCUGAGUGCAGAAUGAACUGAAUGCAUCUCAUGAGGAUGUGUCACCAGUUUUACUCUGAAUAUCAUAUGGAUAAUAAAUGAGUGCAAAUGAAUGGUUAAUUUAAAUCCAGUGGGUCCAUAUAAACACAUUAUUAGUAAGUCUUACGAAUUUUCAGGGAACUUCCAAUUUUAGUUAGAGUUCCAGUGAAUUUAACAGUAUUGAAUAGAAAAUGUGUACAUUAGUGCAGGUAUAAAGCAGCUAAUUCUGGCUAAGAAUCGCCCACUUAAAGCAAGAAUCAUCUGACUGACAUGUAAUGUGAUUAAUCACAGUUUGCAUUGGUUAUAUGUGGCAUUUGGAGGAGGAGUUAUCUGUUACAGUAAAAUAUCUAGUUUAAUUGCUAUUAAAUGCCUCAAACAAAACUUUCAAAGAUUUGAAGCCACUAACCUUGCACACUUGUCAAGAACAUGCCCAGGAAGGAAGGAAGGAGAGAAAGAGAUUUUUUUUUGCUGAAAGAAUAUUUAUUGUUAUUUUGCUGAAAGAAUGUUUAUUUUUAGGACCAUUAGGAUUUGUAUUAUUGCCUUUAUUGCAUUUUGCAUAAUGACAAUUUAUUUUAAAUUGGGAAAUGUUUGUAUCAUUGUAGAUUUUGUAUAAUGCUACAUUUUAUUUAUGCUUAUAGUAAAUAAUAAUAGUAAAAAAUGUACUAAAAAUAGCAAAAACAACUAAAAACAAAUCUUAAUGUUACUACAAAUAGGCUUAACUUUUAAUGCAAAAAUGUAUUUUUUUUUUUUUUUUAUGGUGAAUGUAUUUUGAGAUUUACCGGACUGUAUGAAAGCUUCUUGUGAAAUGACAGUUUAAGUCACAAAAUUCAUGUAUGUGAUAAUGAUGUCAGUCAGCUUUUGUUAUCAAGUGCUGCACAUGAUCCAUUAUGACGGAUCUGAAUAUCACACAGGAACCGCAGACACUGCUGUGCAAUGCUUCUUCACUGAAAGAUAACGUGGUUGCUUUUAAUUCCAACAUAAAAAUCCUGAAUGUUAUUGCAAUAUUAUAUUGCAUCUGGUUUACUUUAUUGUAUAAAUGUUGUAUUAUAUUGUACAUUAUAUAAAUCAUGUAAUAACUGGAUGUUAUUGUUAUGUUUGUACUUAUAACACUGUACACAGUUGUGAAGUGAAUUAUACACAUUUAAAACAAAAUACACAUUAAAAAUAAAAAACGUUUAGCACUGGAAAA